CACGUAUGAGACGCACGUGCAUGAAUUUACACCAAACAGAACAACGUUUUUUAAGCUCAAACAUACCAAACCAAAAUUAUUAAACCAAACGCGUGUUUUCAUUAGGCAAACACCAGUCUCAAUAAACAUCAUUUGUCUUGUUUUUCAUAAAUUCUUAGCUAAAAUUUCCACAAAAAAAAUUGUUAUGGACGCUGCCGAAACGUAUUUAGCGGCGACAGUUCGCGAAAGAAAAGGCACGAUGUAUCUCCGCUCAGAUCAUAACGAGUACGACUUGACGAAGACGCAUGUCUCUAAUUGGAAUCAAGACGCCGAAUCCUACCCCAAGGACUAUGACGUGUAUAAAGACAAGCCUUGGAACUUGAAGAAGUCAACUUAUAAUCACCUAUCCAAUCAAGAUGGUCCAAUGCCUAAAACUACAACCCAAGCUCUUUACGACGACAGGUCACAGGCUAAAUUCCACGUGGACAGAGAAGCCAACAAACCUCUACAAGGCGGAAUCACUUCCGACUCACGACUGGACGGGAACCUCGUUCGGGAAGUCAUCGGGCGAAACUUAAUUGAUCGCCGAGCAUUUUACGGGCUGACUACAUACAAAGACGACUACAAUUUGUACAAUGGUGCAAAAUGGGUACCUCACGACAUAACAUCCGAAGAGAAAGCGGAGUCCCAGAAACUAACAGACGACGAAAAAGUGGCAGUCGUUGGGAACCGAAACGACUUGAGCCAGUUCACAGAGAAGUCGAGGAGGUUCGGGGCGAAUACUUGGCAAGACGAAACGGGUGUUUACGGAACAGCAAUGCACAAAAGAUUAAUGACAACGCAGUUCAACCCUCUAAUGAAUGCAUUUGAAGCUUAACAACAACAACAAAAAAGAAACAACAAAAUGGACCCACGAGAAAAUAAUAUUUUGUGCAAAAAAUACUAUCAAAACAAAGACAAAGUGAAACCACGUUGUUUUUUGAAAUUA